AUGGUAACCAGGGGCCUGGUGGGCCAUCGUAGACGUCCCGGCAGCCAGUGUUGUGGACUGGAGCACUCUGGACCUCAGACUGGGCGACCGUUCAUCUUUCAAUGGGACAACGACCCUAAGCACACAGCCAAGAUAACAAAGGAGUGGCUACGGGACAACUCUGUGAACGUCCUUGAGUGGCCCAGCAAGAGCCCAGACUUGAAGACACGGAGGAGAAUGAGCUUGUGGGGAUCACAGGCGGGUCUAGCCAAUGAGUUAAAGAAGGGGCUUUCCCCCUCAUGCUCGUCAGCUCAUUUUGAAGACAAUGACAUUAGCCCCACUCUGGAACCAGAGUCGCCCUGGAGCCAGAGCCCCAAAUGGCUGAGAGAGCGCGAGAGUGAUGGUGGAUACAGCUGUGGAGAUUGCAGGAGCUAUGGAAAGCCCCACCCACGCUGCUAUGGCUGGGCCCACCAUCUGUGGCAUGGGCUCGUCGCUGGUCUGCCCAUCUCCAGCUUUAUUGGUGUUAAGUCUGGAGGAUCCCUCGACUCCACCUCCAGCCUCCGAGGCCCAGACUCCGACUCGGUCCUGCGACCCAGCGGCUACACCAUGGCUUCCAGCUCUGUCAUCUCCACCGGAGCCCAUCAGUCCAUAAGCUCCACCGGGAUCCCUCGUCCCUCUGGCUCCACCUUGGUCAGUAGUCCCCUACCUCCACCUUGGGACUGCACUCCUCCGGCUGCGCCUCAUCCCUUCGUCCCUCCGGCUCCGCUGGGCUCCUACUUCCCUCCAGCUCCAUCACAGUCCUCUGUCGCUCUGGCUCUGUCACGGCCUUCCGGAUCUCCACCUACGCCUCGGUCGCCGAAACCACCUGGUCUGCCUUGGCCCUCCAGAUCAUCGGCUUCGCCCUGGCUCAUCGGCUCUCUGUCGCAGCCUCAGGCUCCACCACCACCUGCUCCAUCACCCCCUGGAGUCAUCAGCCCUUCCUCCACCAUGAGUCAGACCUCUGGAGGAUGUUUUCAAAAUCUUCUUGAGCAGAUCGAGAACAUUACAGCUCAAGUGCUUCCUUUGAAUACUGUGACAAACAUUUUGACUGUGGCCUUCAACGCUUCAGAGAAGAUUUUAGAGUCAUUAUCAUCUACAACACCAUCUGAACUAGCCUCCUAUGGAAACCGCAUGUUAAAAACCAGUGAAAAACUCAUCUCUACAUUGGUGAAGCCGACAGUCACAAGUGACAAUGUCAGUUUUACUCUUGCUACUGUUGAGGGUCAAGUCUUCAUGGUUGGACCAAAUGUCACCUUAAAUAAAAUCCCACAACUUGACACAACACAUUCUUCUGUGGACAUCGAUCUCAUUGGGAUCGCCAAGAACAACAAUGAAAGAUCAGCUGCUGUGGCUUUCAUGAGCUACAGCACGAUGGAGAAUCUACUGAAGCCAGACUUCUUCAACACAUCAAAUGACACUGUUAAAACCAUGAUGUCCACUGUGAUCUCAGCUACUCUUCCCAAAACCAACAACACUAAACUCACCAAACCAGUCAACUUCACCUUCAAACACAUCAGAGAGUUUGAUCCCACCGGUUCUCUGUCCUGUGUGUACUGGAAUAUCAGCGAGUGGAUUGUAGAUGGCUGUUCUGUUUUAAAGACCAACAGUAGCUACACUGUGUGUUCCUGUGUUCAUCUGUCGACUUUCGGUCUCAUUAUGCAAACCAGCCGCCCACCAGAGAGAGACUCUGCUGGACCUGUUGAAUUGGAACUGCUGGAUCUGUUGAGUUUGGUGUGUGUGAUCGUGGGGCUGGUGUUCUUCAGUUUGGCCCUGUUGACCUUUGCCCUUUGUCAGUGGAGUCCUGGAGUGAAUAAUGUGGCUCGAAUCAACAUCUGCAUCAGUCUUCUGUUGGCUCAUCUUCUGUUUCUGCUCACACAGCGGUUCCUGACCGUCAUACGGCCUAAGCAGGUGUUGUGUGCCGUGAUCUCAGGCCUUCUGCACUUCUUCUUUCUCUCUGGCUUUGUGUGGAUGUUCAUUGAAGCUGUGAUGCUCUUCAUCUGUGUGAAGAACCUAUCACAGAUCAGCUCCAAAAAGAGGGAGGUGCUUAGCAGUGGAAUCCUGUGUGUGAUUGGAUAUCUGAUUGCUCUGGUUGUGGUGGGUGUCUCUGGUGGUCUGGUUCCCAACGGCUACGGUAGCGAACGCUGCUGGAUUAAAAUCGAUAAAGGCUUCAUCUGGAGUUUUCUGGGUCCUGUUUGCGUCAUACUAGCAUCAAACACACUUCUCUUCAUCAAGAUCGUCAUCAGUCUGAACUCAACUCUCAAAAGUCUCAAUGUUGAAGUUUCACAGAUGAGACAAACCAAGAUUAUGGUGUUUAAAACACUGGCUCAGUUUGUGGUUCUUGGUUGCUCCUGGAUUCUGGGUUUCUUCACUAAUAGCAGUAAGGAGCUGAAGAUCCUCUUCCUGAUUUUGAACUCCCAGCAGGGAACCUUCAUCUUCCUGAUCUAUUGUGUCCUCAAUAAUGAGGUUUGGCAGCAGUACAAGAAGUUCUUCAGAUGUCUUUGCUCCAUCAAACAACACUGA